GAGUAAAGGUUUUUGGAUUACUUUUCUGUAAGAGCUUUUAUAGCCAUUUUUCAAAAGAGUGGAGAGUUAUUUCCGUCUCUUUCAAUUUCCUAAAAACAAAGAAUCCGUUGAUCGGUAUGAGAAGUCUGAAUUCCAUUUAAGUUCAGGCGGGAAACGGUCAAAUCCCACCAAGGUUACGCGCCGCCGCGCUCUGGCGGUUGAAACUCACCAACGAACAACCUAAGAUACCCAUUUCCCAUCUGUACGAUUGACCAAAAAUCAGCCAUUGAAAUGAUUCACCAAACGUUUAACAACGCAAUUUCUCCCCUUCUACGCAAAUGCAAGUCCGUCCAGCAUCUCAAACAAAUUCAUGCUCACCUCCUCAAGACCUACCUUUCACAAAGUCCAUACGCCAUUGCACCUUUACUCGAAGUCGCUGCAACUUCCGGCUGUGAUCGCGAUUCUUUCUUCUCUUACGCUUGUGGAAUUUUCAAGAACCUGCAGCAGAGGAACAUUUUCAUGUAUAAUUCAAUGAUCAGAGGGUAUUUUCUAUCGCGUUUUCCGAAACAAGCGAUUUUGUGUUACUUAGAUUUGAUGGAUCGUGGAUUUCUUGCCAAUAAAUAUACUUUCCCGCCAUUGAUAAAGGCUUGCGCGUUAGUUUAUCGUGAGCUGAAGCGAAUAGGUUAUUUGGUUCAUGCCCAUGUUAUUGUACUUGGAUAUGAGAAUGAUGCUUUUGUCGUUAGUGCUCUUGUUGAAUUUUAUUCCUUGUUUGAUUUGAAAGUUGCACGCGUAUUGUUUGACAAAAGUUCUGGGAAGGAUGUAGUUGUGUGGACGGUGAUGGUUGAUGGGUAUGGAAAGGUUGGGGAUAUUGAGAGUGCUAGAGUGUUGUUUGAUGAAAUGCCCGAGAGGAAUGUAAUUUCUUGGAGUGCUAUGAUGGCUGCUUAUUCUCGGGUUAGUGACUUCAGAGAGGUGCUUUGUUUGUUUAGACAAAUGCAAAAAAAGAAUAUUGUGCCUAAUGAUUCAGUUAUUGCUAGUGUUCUUACUGCUUGUGCACAUCUUGGUGCUAUAACACAAGGACUUUGGAUGCACUCUUAUGCCAAGCGCUACGGUUUGGACUCAAACCCAAUAUUGGCUACUGCAUUGGUUGACAUGUAUUCAAAAUGUGGUUACAUCGAAUCAGCUUUAGAAGUUUUUGAGGGCAUUUCAAACAAAGAUGCUGGGGCUUGGAAUGCAAUGAUUUCUGGUUUUGCAAUGACUGGGAAUGUGGUGAAAUCACUUGAGUUAUUUGAUAAAAUGAUUGCCAGUGGAACUCAGGCUACAGAAGCUACAUUUGUCUCUAUCCUUGCUGCUUGUACACACGCCAAGAUGGUUGAGAGAGGCCUUGAAUUCUUUGACCAAAUGUAUCCUGUUUACAGGGUUCAACCUCAAUUCGAGCAUUAUGCUUGUGUGGUUGAUCUUAUGGCUAGAGCAGGUAUGGUAGAGGAUGCUGAGAAAUUCGUGGAGGAAAAAAUGGGAGGCUUUAGUAAUGUGGAUGCCAAUGUGUGGGGAGCAAUACUGAGUGCUUGUAGACAAUAUAGGAAUAUUGAAAUUGGGGACAGAAUUUGGACAAAACUUUCAGCCUUGGGUUUAUUAGACGGUGGUACCCAAGUUCUUUCAUACAACAUCUUUUCUGAAGCUGGAAGGGAAAUGGCGGCAAAGGAGGUAAGAAAAAAAUUCUCAGAAGCUAGAUCGAAAAAAAUACCAGGUUGCAGCGUGAUAGUGGUUGAUGGCGCAGUUCAAGAGUUUCUUGCGGGCGAUCUCUCUCAUCCACAAGUGCAACAUAUAUGUGAAAUGCUUGGUUUUCUUUCUAAAAUGGUGAAGUGGGAGACGGUCAAGUAAUUUAGAAAUGGUUUUCUGUUUGAGGAUCUACAUUCAAAAAUAUCGAGGGACAUCAUGAGGCCUAUAUCUAGGCACUGAGUUUAAAAACUAAGAUUUUAUCCCAAAAUAGUGAAUCCAACAAAAUCACUACAUUUGAGGAUCUAACUUUGAAAAAAAAUAAAAAUAUCUCACAAUGUUUAUAAAAUUGAUGAAAUACUUCUCUCAUUUCUCUCAUCGUCAAUUGGUUUGAGUUGAAACCAACGUCAUCUAAUAUUUUCAAAUAGGAGAAAUCAUUUUUUUAGAAUCUGUGCAUUUCAUUUGGUUUUAUCAUUUUUCUGUAAAUUCAGAGGCUGCGAGUUAUCUCUCAACAAAGUUCACAUAAUUCCAAGUGUGCCAUUGUUUGUGAAAUUGGUUGUGAUGAUCGAGAUGGAAAAAGCACAAAUUCAUGGCGAACGUGAAUAUAACUCAAUGCUUGAAACAUUUACAUCUUCCUUGAGGUAGAUGGUUGAAAUUCUCACUCUCAGAUUUGUUGUACUAAGAAAAGAAAGCACAAAAUCAAAGUAAUCUUGCCAAGGUUUGAUGAGGUAGGGAUGGAGGAUAUUGAUGAGCAAAAGUUUCUCGCAGAUCAUCUAUACUUUGAGGGUAUUCUGGUGUCCUCCAUUUGCAAAAGCCAUUGAGUAACAUUCGCAUCUUCUCCAAAUCAUCUCCAUGGUGGUAGACCAACACUCUGGCAUCUCUCUCUAUAUAUAUUAGCAAGGCAUAUAAAACGCACACUUAAUUGCGGCUCAUGGCUAUGGGGAAAUUAGAAGCUGCUCUUUGGUGCCUGCAAAAUCAAUGGAAGACAAAAUCAUAGGUUGGUGGAGCCAAUCUUGCAGGUGACCCCAGUCCCCAACAUGGUAAGAAAAUUGAGAGUGACUGAUACAACCUAGCACCAUUCAUAUAAAUCGGUAUCUAAGUAUUAAAAUCUAGGUGAAUAUUAAGUACGUCGAGGUGUCUAUAAAUUGGUCCCGUGCCCAUGACUAUGAAGAUAAGAUCUUAGAGUACUUGGGACCAGUUGGCUACUCAACAUAUAUUAUUGUAUCAUAGAGCAAUGGGCUUCCUCCAUGUGAUCAAGAUAUAAGAAUGUGUCAUUGUCACUUGGUUAGUUCAAGGUUAUUUGUGAUUUAUGCUUUGAUGUGAACCACUUUGAAAACACACUCCAAAGUGUUUAUUCUAAAACCACAUCUAAUUUUUUUUAAUAAUGUUCUGGAUCA